AUGAAGUUCUUGAUUGCCCUUUCUUUCCUUGGUCUCGUCGCCGCUAAUGCGAUUCCAAAAGAGUUUUCCCCAAAGGGACAAGCUCUCGUUGACAAGAUCAAUAGGGCGCAGAACUUGUGGAAGGCUGAGAAUUAUGACUUCUCCAAAAUGAAGGUGCAGAAGAAGCUGAUGGACUUGAAAUAUGUUGCUCCAAACAGCGAGGAAGACGUAAAGCAAAUCGAAGAAGCCAGCAGCAUUCCAGACAGCUUCGAUGCCCGUCAACAAUGGCCAAACUGCGUCUCGAUCAACAACAUCCGCGAUCAAUCCGACUGCGGAGGUUGCUGGGCUUUCGCUGCCGCUGAAGCCAUGUCCGAUCGUACCUGCAUUGCUUCAAACGGAAAGGUCAACACCCUUCUCUCGGCCGAAGAUCUUCUCUCCUGCUGCGUCGGAAUGCUGUCGUGCGGUGAAGGAUGCAAGGGAGGAUUCCCAAUCAAGGCCUGGCAAUGGUGGGACAAGCACGGUCUCGUCACCGGUGGAUCGUACGAGACUCAAUUCGGAUGCAAGCCGUACUCGAUCGCACCAUGCGGACAGACCGUCAACAAUGUCACGUGGCCAGCCUGCCCAGAAGACGUUAUGCCAACCCCGAAAUGCGUCAAGACUUGCACAUCCAAGAACUCGUACCCAAUUGAAUAUGAGAAGGAUAAGCACUACGGAGCUUCUGCUUACGCCGUUCCAAAGAAGGUCGCCGCCAUCCAGACCGAAAUCAUGAACCACGGACCAGUUGAGGCAGCCUUCACUGUCUACGAGGACUUCUACCAAUACAAGUCCGGAGUCUACGUUCACACCACCGGAGCUUCCCUUGGAGGACACGCCGUCAAAAUCGUCGGAUGGGGAGUCGACGCCGGAGUUCCAUACUGGUUGAUUGCCAACUCGUGGAACAUCAACUGGGGAGAGAACGGAUAUUUCCGUAUGUUGAGGGGCACCAACGAAUGCGGAAUUGAGCAUGGAGUCGUCGCCGGUAUCCCAGACCUUAAGCGUUAA